AUGCAGAAGUACUACAUCAAGCAUGCUGACGGGACGCUGACGUCCCAUUAUGGAGUUGUGCCAGGCACCGCGGCAGCCACGCCCGCAGCGCAGCCCGUGGCCCUAGCCACAGCCCUACCGGCAGUUCAGCCGGCACUGCCCACGGCACUACCUCCACGAGUGGCAAAAGCUAUCCCCACGUCGGCAUCCCCACAAAGCCUGCGGGGAGCGGUUUAUGCCGCCCCUCUUUUGGCCCCAGCCACCACCAGCAUUGGGGUCACCCCAACAAUGACAGGAACCACUACUCAGCCACUUGUGGCGCAACCUAUUGUGGCCAAGGCAUCCAUGCCGUCCGCGAUGGGUGGUGGAGGCAAGAUGGGGGAGCUGUGGCCCCUUUACGAAAGCAAGAUGAAGAAGGAAGGCCUCAACGAUGCAGCAAUUGCUGCCUUCAAGUACAACUACUCCGUUCUGACGUCUGGUCAAGACACAAUGAUUCCGGAGAGCUCGAUCAGCCCGGUUGACUCCCUCCCCAGCUACGAGUCCCUGAACGUUACCGAGGACUCUUCGCUGCUGAGGCCCGGCGCCCGGCGCUUGCAACACCGGGCUGUCUACCUCAAACCCACACCAGUCGCAAAGCCGCUAGUGGUCCUGAAGCUGAAUGGUGGCCUGGGCACCGGCAUGGGCUUGGAGAAAGCAAAGUCUCUGCUUCCGGUGAAGCAGGGCCUCACCUUUCUGGACCUCAUCGCCCAGCAGGUGGAGUCCAUGAAGGAUGGAUUCGGCACAAAUGUGAAGUUCAUGCUGAUGAACUCCUUCUCGACCUCCGAAGACACCUUGGAGGCGCUUGCCAAGUACCCCUCCUUGGGCACAGGCAGCGACUUGGAGUUCGUGCAGAACAAGGCCCCGAAGGUCACCGAGGAGGACCUGCGGCCCGCCAGCUGGGCAGCGAGCCCGGAGCACGAGUGGUGCCCUCCCGGACAUGGCGACCUGUAUCCGGCCAUGGUGGGCAGCGGGACCUUGGACCGGCUGCUGAUGCAGGGAAUCAAGUACAUGUUCGUCUCCAACUCCGACAACCUCGGAGCGACCUUGGACCUGAAGUUGCUGACCUACUUCGCCGGCAGCAAGGCGCCCUUCAUGAUGGAGGUGGCCACCCGAACGGAUGCUGACAAGAAGGGCGGGCACCUGGCCAAGGACAAAAAGACCGGAGGCUUGCUCUUGAGGGAGACCGCGCAGUGCCCGGACGAGGAUGAGAAGGAGUUCCAAAAUGUGGCCAAGUACAAGUUUUUCAACACCAACAACCUUUGGGUGGACUUGGAAGCGUUGGCCGACCAGUUCCGAAAGAGCGGUGGCGCACUUCAGCUGCCGGUCAUGAAGAACACCAAGACCGUGGACCCUCGUGACAAGAAGUCGACGAAGGUUCUGCAGCUGGAGACGGCAAUGGGCGCCGCCAUCUCCUGCUUCCCGGGUGCCACUGCGGUGGUGAUCCCUCGUUCCCGCUUUGCUCCAGUGAAGACGACGAACGACCUGCUCGCUCUUAGGUCCGAUGCGUACUUGCUGACGCCGGACUCCCGCAUCGAGCUGGAUCCCAAGAGGAGCGGCGUGCCUCCCAACGUGAAGCUGGAUGGCUCCUACAAGUUUGUUGAUGCCAUGGAUGCCAUGAUUCCCAGCGGACCACCAUCUCUCAUUGACUGCAAGAAGCUGGUCAUUGAGGGUCCCGUUGUGUUCUCGCCCGGUGUCACGAUCGUUGGAGAAGUGACGAUCAAGAAUGCCAGCGGCGAGAAGAAAGCGGUGGCGCCGGGUGCACAGAUGUGGGCAAAGCAUCAAGAUGGUGCUGGAGCGCUAACAGCCGGACGUCGCGUCCCUGCCGAGCAGAGAGAUCCCGCAGUCGAUAAGAUCCACUCUGCAGGAGUGAGCGAGUAUCAAGCCAAAUAUGAUGUUGCCGAGAGUUCACCACCAAUUCAGGGUGCGAGUGCAGUGCAGGGCCUCCGCUUGCUGCUCGCUUUGAAGCUCCGAAAGGCGUCAGGAAUGGACGAGCAUGGCCCAUCUGGCCUCUUCAAGGCAUGCAUGAGCAGACACCGGGACAAGUUCCGUGCCGUGCACCUGACCCUGGCUCAAAGCUUGGAAGCUGACUCAGCUCUGGCAGCAACACUUCUCGCUCAUAUGAGCUCAGUGUGCAAAGCGGCGCUUGCCUAUCACGUGAUCUGA